AUGGCUCCUCCUCGACGGCAUCUCGCACCUCCACCACUGGUCUGCUCCCCGAGGGCCUCUAUCGACCCCGUAGAUACGCCUGAAAUUGAUGGUGUCCUCAAACAACUCAAGGCAUGCUCACGGAGACUGCAGGCCGCCCUAGCUUGCCAUCGGACCGAGCUGCAGGUCCUGGAGAGGCUCUACUACAAGGGGAAGAACCAGCACCGCACCGCGCUCUUUUGGCAACGCGUCGCCGAGAUGCGCAAGCUCGGAGAGCGCGUCGACGAAAUGAACAUGGACGACGCAGUCGAGAGCCUCCGGCUUGCAUUCUGGGGUGACCCCUCCUCCCGAACCCCGAAGCUGCUCAAGGGUCCAUGGACGCACUGUCCAGAUGCCAAAGUGCUGCUCUUCGUGAUGGAGAGAUGCUCUGCGUGCUGCACGCUAGUCGACCGAGCCCGCGAACGCCUCCUCCGUGCAUACGAGUCCUUUACGCUUAUGAUGCAGACCGGUGCAUUCCUUCAGCUUGUGCUUGCGCUCGCAGCCAUUGCGUCACGCCUCAGUCUCGUGCUGUCCGAAGUGAGGAGUGCCCUCGAGGUUUCGUGGGCUGCGAGCUACCGAGCAUUGCAGACUCUUUUCCCUGCAGAAGUCGCGAAGGUAAAGAAACUCGUAGAUACAAACUCUACAGCUGCACUCCCGCCAGCUCCAGUACCCUCAAUAUCGACAUUCACGCCCUCAGACGUUGUCCCUGAACCAGGCGACGUUCCGGAUGAAGAUUUAGGCAGUGCUCUCGUCCGUCCCCC